UCAGUUGAGGGCUUAUUCCUUCUCUGGACGUUCUCCAGGAAAAAGCUAUGGCUAAAGGACUAGGGACCCAGCAGGCUGCAUCCCAGCGAUGGGCCUGCUUCUUGGCUGCCCUGUCACUCCUGUGUCUGGCUGUCCAAGCAGUCCAGAAAGCAGAUACCAUUGGGGAUUCCACAGUGGCUACCAUCAACCAUUCACCCUUACAGCUGAAGCGCCUUCAAGAGCUUCUACUCAACGGGAACUCCAGCGACACCACCCUGAGGGUCCACACCGUUGGCUCCGAUGAAGUUAAAGUCUUUCACACCCACCAGCUGAUGCUCAGCUUACAUAGUGAGAUCUUUGAGACUCUGUUGCAGAACCAGACAGUGCUUGACUUGCACGAACCACCUGACAAUGUGGCCCUUUUCGAAAAGUUCAUCAGGUAUCUGUAUUGUGGUGAGAUCUCCGUAUUCCUCCAUGAAGCCAUCCCACUUCAUCGUCUAGCCAGUAAAUACCACGUGUCCAGUUUGCAGCGAGGGAUAGCCGAGUAUAUGAGGGGCCACUUAGCUAGUGAAUCAAGCCAAGGCCAUGUGGUGGGAUGGUACCAUUACGCAGUGGGGAUUGGUGAUGAGGCUCUGCAGGAGAGCUGUCUCCAGUUUCUGGCCUGGAACUUCUCUGCUGUCAUGAGUAGUCCUGAAUGGGCCUCUGUAAGCCUAGAUUUGCUGCUAUUGUUGCUUGAAAGAUCUGACCUGGUUCUCCAGAGUGAAUUGGAGUUGUACACAGGCGUAGAGAAGUGGAUUACCAUAUAUGAGCCUGAGGACCCUGUAGUGGAGAAGAUCCUGAGAUCCCUGCGUUAUCCUAUGAUCUCCCCUAGCCAUCUUUUCCACCUGCAAAAACAGUCUCUGGUGAUGGUGAAGCACUACAGCACCGUGCAAGAUCUGCUCUUCCAAGCUUUCCAGUUCCAUUCAGCUUCCCCAAUCCAUUUUGCCAAAUACUUUGAUGUCAAUUGCAGUACGUUCCUGCCCCGUAACUACCUCUCCAUCUCUUGGGGGUCCCAGUGGGUCAUUAAUAACCCUGCUCGAGAUGACCGUAGUACCAGUUUCCAGACUCAGCUGGGCCCCAGCAACCAUGAUUCUGCCAAGAGAGUUACAUGGAAUGUCCUCUUCUCUCCCCGUUGGCUCCCAGUGAGCCUGCGUCCUGUCUAUUCUGACUCAGUCUCUGGGGCCAUCCAGCCUAUCAGAAUUGAGGAUGGACGCCCCCGUCUGGUUAUCACUCCAGCCACAACCAGCUCAGAUUUUGCAGGUGUCAGUUUCCAGAAGACCAUUCUGGUGGGUGUCAGGCAGCAGGGCAAACUCUUUGUCAAACACACCUAUAACUUCCACCAGAGCACAGACGAAGUUGCCGAUUUCCUGAUAUACGCUGACUUACAGAAACGUACCUCCGAAUAUCUGAUCGACAACUCUUUGCAUUUGCAUAUCAUUGUCAAACCCGUCUACCACUCACUCAUCAAGAUCAAAAAAUAGAAGGAAGAUGGGGGAGAGACAGCUGGAAACAUCAUGGGGAGAGAACCACUGGUUGCAUUGAAGGAUAGCAGGGACUCUACCAUUCAGUAGAGUAUUAAAGUGUCUGAUGCAGGCUCUGCAUCUUUAAGUCAUACUGGCCCUGUUGGAGAAGCUCUGAGAAUUCAUUGUAUAAAAUAUGCUUCCUUUGAAUCGGAGGACUUUCUUUUCUAGAGGCAAUUAAUCCAGGAGUGGUGUUCUCUCAUCUGUCUGUCCACUGCUUAAGGUUUCAUCUCCCUUCAGUUUGAAGACACUCAGGUAGAACUGGAGAUUCUCAUGGUGCUUUGGAAUAGGUAAUUAUCAAAGAUGUCCCAUAGCAAGACUUUGUCUUCCUUGCCUAAUUAGAAGCUGCCUUAUGCUCUCCUUGUUUCCCCAUGAAGUUUUGUUCCCUUGAGAUAAUUACAAACGGAUAUCCUGACUGAAAAACCCCUUUGGAAUUAGAUUGAAAUCGAUGUCUGGUUAUUCUUCUAUCUACCUUCAGAUCUCCCUUGCCUCUUCUAGUACUUUAGAUGCCAACUGCAGGGAUAAUUUUGUUAUGUGUGAAUUAGGAUGUAGUUCUCUGAAUCAGUGAACAUGCUUCUGAAAUACGGAUUUCUGCUAGUUUUGUAUUGGAAGUGUUAUUGUUACUUGGUCUAAUGUCUCCUUAGACAUGGAGAUUCUGCAGAUUUUUGAAACCAUAUAAAGUUCUGCAAAAAAGUUUUAAAAAAUCCAUUGUUUGUCCUAUGACUACUGCUAUUGUCCAUAGCUUUUAAACAGAACCGAAUUGAGAUUGGACUAGAAGGUGGAAGAGUAACUAAAAUAUUACAAAACUGGUUGAAAAACAGGCCAUUAUUUUUUACACCCUGUAUAAUUGUGUGUAUGUGAACUAAUAGCCAGACAAGUAUCUUUUCAGCCCUGUGCAAAUCAGAAAUGUCUAUCAUACCUACUUCCCAUAAAAAAUCUCUAAUGCAGAUUGGAGAUCCCCAUCUCCUAAUACCACAUAUUCCGAAUGAUCAUAAGCAACUACUGCAAAAAAUUUACUGGGCACCACAUUAUGCACUCCUAGUUUAAAAGGUUUAAGAUGCCAACUCUUAAAUCAACAUUUAAAAAUGGCAAAUGUGGCAAGCUAGUCUUCUCACCAUCACUGUUCCUUUGCUGUAAUAUUCUUUUAAUUAGAGUACAAGACAACAUGGCUAGAUGAUGCCUGUGGAGCAUUUUUAACAUGAUAAAUAAAAAACAAACCAAUCUUUGUAGAUAUAUUAUAUAGAGAUAUCUGAAUAUCUCUUCCAAGGCUUUCACUACUAUCCUUACCAAGUGUGAGUCAGUGGUUUAUUUCUUGACUGCUGUUUUGCAGUUGACAGUCCUAAAAGGCAGAAGUCACCCACUCUUUCAAUGUCUUCCUUGCUGGUUGCUGUAUUUGUUGUCAUUUGUUUGGUGUUUUUUAUAUUUAAUCAUUCUUUCACUAUGCUCCUUGGCUUUCAUUACUAGGGGUCCCAGAUCCUUUGCAUUGUCCACCAGCACUAUACCUGAAUUACAAAAUCACGCUCACCUUCUUCAAUCCAGCCUCUCCUGAUAUAUAUUCAAUAUGCAAAUUGACUAAAUAAGGAAAAGGUACACAGAUUUGUCUGUGUCAGUUUUUAAGUCAGUCUUUUGCUAUGUUCCAUCCGGACUGUGGCUUCCUGUCCUAUAUACAAGUUUUACAUGAGAUGUUCUGGGAUUCUUAUUUUUAUAAGGACAUCCCACAGCUUUGUGGGGUCAGCAUCAGGUGUAUUGCAAGAAGGGAGCCCUUGCAACAAAAACUACAGGAGACUGGAACGAUUCUGGAAAUACUCUGGUGCUGCUAUUACAUAUUGUUCGUUGUCCCACUAUAUUUACAGACAGAGAUACAAAAGGCAACAUUUGGGAUUCCAUCACAAACAUAUUUUUUUUCCGCAACUACUUGCUGAAAAAAGCAGUAGUGAAUUGUUUUGGAAAGAGACUGUCGCAUCCAGCCUAGUUAAUAGGAUCAUCUAAAAGUCCGUGUAACCCCAAAGGUAAGUAUAACCCAAUCAUGAAAUUAAGGAUGGUGCUUGAGUGACAACAGCCCCCCUUAGUAGAGAAUCAUGGCCUUAGGCAGACAUAGCAUGGCUUCAAAUGUUGUCCACAAACCUUUUCCCCUGAAAGCCGUUGUAAAAAGGUGCUAGUUAAAUAUAUUGAAAUUAUUUGUCUUAGAACGAUGCAAAAGUACAGCAAAUGCACACAGCAUAUCAUCUUAUUGCCAAGUUACACCAAUGCUGUGGCACUGUAUCCUCCUCUAACACAUAGUUUAAAAACUAAAAAAGUUGUGCUUGCACAAUAACGAAACUUCCACGUCUAUGUUGGUAUUACAGCACUGGAUUUAUCUAGUGACAGCCUUCCAUGUACCCAUCCAGACAACUACUCAUUUCAAUUUGGAGAAAUGUAGUCCUGGAGAUUAAAAGUUUUUGUGGCUAGAAAAUCCUCUUGGCAGCAGCACUGCAACCCACCAGGCAAGCUUUUAAACCUUCUGUUCAAGUUAGCAAUUCCCUUCUAAUGCCUUUAGCCACAGUGUCCUGACUGGCCAUCGGAU